GGAACACACAGAAGAGAAACAUCCUCUCUCUCUUCCUAAAGUCCUAAAACCCUACUGCGCCAAUUCCCCAUUGCGAUCUCUGCAACCUCCUUUCGGGGUUUUACACCGCGAUAUGCCAUCAAACCCAUCACUCAACUAAACACUCUUCAGAUUUCACGGCGGCCAUGUCGGCAUUAUCGAGAGGCCUCAUUUCCCGCCUCCGCCUUCUCUCGCUCAACCCCUCCCCUUCUUCUUGCACUGCUACUCCUGCCGCUAAUGCUAUGACGUCGUUGACGCAGACCCAGUGCCAUUUCUUCAGAUGCUUCAGCUCCGAGGCCAUGGUGGACGCGACGGAGGCCGUGGCGGACAGGAGACCGGUUAUUGAAGCGAAGCCCGGCCCCAUGAGCCCGGGUUCGAAGAGGACCGGGCUCAUAGCCGUCAAGUGCGGGAUGACUGCGCUCUGGGACAAAUGGGGCGCUAGGGUUCCGAUAACUGUGCUCUGGGUCGAUGAUAAUAUCGUCUCUCAGGUCAAGACCCCUGAGAAGGAAGGCUUCCCUGCUCUCCAGAUUGGUUGCGGACAGAAGAAAGCAAAACAUUUGACAAAGCCAGAGGUGGGUCAUUUCCGAGGUCAGGGUGUUCCACUUAAGAGGAAAUUGCAUGAGUUUCCUGUAUCAAAUGAUGCGCUCCUCCCUGUUGGUAUGGGAAUUGGUGUUCGCCAUUUUGUUCCAGGCCAAUAUGUUGAUGUCACAGGAAUCACGCGAGGGAAAGGUUUCCAGGGUGGAAUGAAAAGACACGGUUUUAGUGGUAUGCCAGCAUCCCAUGGCGCAUCUCUGUCGCACCGAAGUAUUGGUUCUACAGGUCAGAGGGAUGAUGCUGGAAAGGUUUUUAAAGGCAGAAAGAUGCCGGGGCGCAUGGGUGGGAAACAGAGAACGGUGAAAAAUGUAUGGGUCUACAAAAUCGAUCCUGCAAGGAAUUUGAUGUGGGUGAAAGGCCAAGUCCCGGGUGCUGAAGGGAACUUCGUUUUCAUCAGAGAUGCUUUCUACAAGAAACCUGAUGUUUCAUCGCUACCAUUUCCAACCUACUUUGCUCCAGAGGAUGAGGAUCCAUCCAAGUUAGAACCGCUAGUUGCUGAUCUCGGAGAAGUAGAUCCGUUCAUGGUGGCAGAUUAACCAGGAGCUGAAUUUGAAUUCCCAAAGGUACUAGGUUGUUGAGUUAUGGCCAAUCGACAACAUUUCUGUCGCGGCCUGUCUGAGGCUAUUGAUUUGUCUCGUUUUCUUUCAUCAAAGUUGAAUUUUGGUAUAGGAAUAAGCUGGCGCAGAGGCUGUAAUAUUAUAAUUGAGUUCAUUUCAACCUCAGAAUUGAGUAAUGACAUCCACAAAUGUUUUUGAUGUUGGAACUUGCAACCAUGUUCUCAAAUAAAUGUGGCGACUUGAAAAUUUCA